GCAGUUGAUUUACCCAUUCACUGCAAAUGGAGACAACUGUGACUCAAAAUUAUUGGAGCCUAUACCUCUUGUUUAUAUCAUCUUUUAACUUAGCCAGUUGGAUGGACAGGCCCCUUAACCAACCUCCCUUAUUGCUCUAUAUAUAAGUCCCACCAGACUAGACCAAGGCACUCAUCAUCUCAACAAUAUUCUGAUUCAAAAACCUCUAUUGCUAUCCCAAAAGAUUGAAUAUACAUAACUAAAAUAUGGGUUGCUGGUCUGCUGAGAAUGCUACAAAUGCCUACCUCAAAACCUUGAGAAUGGGCCAAAGGGCAAAAGAGCCGGAUGUAGCUGAGUUCAUCUCAGCACUAGCAGCAGGUAAUAAUGCACAACUAAUGGUUGUGGCAUGUGCCAGUUCUGCCACUUCCACUGUGCUAGCCCUAGUGGCUGCAGCUUAUCAAACAGGUGGUCGUGUCAUUUGCAUCCUUCGUGAUCACAAAGAAUUGCAAAUGUCCAGACAUGUCCUAGGCUUGGAUGCCUGUCACAUUGAAUUUGCUAUUGGAGUAGCUCAAAAUCUUCUAUUAACAAAAUAUAGUGGAGCAGAUUUUGUGCUUAUCGAUUGUAAUCUGGAGAACCAUGAAGGGAUUCUUGGAGCAGUUCAAGCUAGCAGGAAGCGAAAUGGCGCAGUUGUUGUGGGGUAUAAUGCAUUUACCAAAGGAUCAUGGUGGUCCAGUGGGUCAAAAACCCAGUUGUUGCCUAUGGGAGAAGGGUUGUUAGUAACUAGAAUAGCCGCAAGUGCGAAGAUUGGAAAGAGAAGCAGUCACUGGGUUGUUAAGGUCGAUAAAUGCACAGGUGAAGAGCACGUCUUCAGGGUCAGAUUCCCACAAGGGAAACAAAUUGAAGCUUGAACUAUCUUUCAAUGCUCCCUUGGCUGUACAGAAGUAAAAGUUUUGAAAUGUUUUUUUCAUUUUCUCCAUUUUCUUGCUAGGCCAGCCAAAGGAAGCACGAUGUUUUAGCUCUGAUUGUAUGAGUUAGUUCCUACAAAAAGUCUUAAUUGUAAGAUGUAAAUAGCCAUUUAUAUACCUCCAAUACCCUUGAUUAGCGGGUUAAUUUAUUUAAAAGA